AUGGCUGAAGAAAACACUAAACCAGCACCGGGAUCCGAGGAUACCAGCAACAACUCGAGCGCCAAUAUCAGUCGACAGCACAGCUUCAGAGGCAACCGACACAAAGUCAAGUUCAGCAAUGUGGACAGCAAUGACGAGGAAAAGGACUUGGAUGGGGGACCUCACACCAGAGGGAGCAGCGAUCGGAGGAAAAGUGUACCAGAAAUUCGGAUUCCCGGAGAGGAGGACGUGGCCGAUCAUGUCUUGAUAUCUCCAGAUCGGGUGGGAAGAACGAGUGCUGCGGCAGCUCAUGCUCAGAACCGGGCUAAUCGACUAGCCAAUCGAUUGAGCAAUCUCGUUUCGAGUUCAAAGACGACGACUUUGGACUCGGCAGCGAAUACACCGCUGGCUACACCUCCACAAGGGUACGCAUCACCCAACACUUCACCACCAACGAAGCCACUCAAUGACUGGAUCGUCAAUGUCGAUGACAUCCCACUUGCAUCGCUUGACAAGGAAAAGGACAAACGACCCUACGCAAUCCACGACGACACGACGGACGAUGAUACGGAUGACGACGAUGAACCCAAACCGUUAAAGCGCACCAAUGAGAAUGUCGAAGAAGCAAAACGACUAGUCAGGACAUUGACGGCCCCCCAUAAUAAUCUGUCAGGAUGGCAGAAUCAGCCCCGAUCAGGCACACAAACUCCUGCCAUCGACAAACGUCUCCACGAUAUCGACUACAUCCCACCACCCGACGAAUAUCGGCCUGGCAUCUUCGGGGCCAUCUUAUCCUCGAAACUCGCAGACCUCAAGCGUGGCGGCAUCACUCGACCCCGAUACUACGACGACCCAUCCUCCGGUGCUGCGACACCUAAACACUCCCAUUCCCCCAAAGACCUCUACUCGUACUCUCGAGGGCACUCGCGUGUGACAUCUGAAAGCGGAGCGUACCACGACUCAACACCAUCCUCAGGUCGAGCCACGCCGUCAUCCAAACGUCCCAAAUGGUACGACAAAGGUCCCGCGAACCAGUCGACGGGCUCGAUGGCGACGUUAGUCGCACAGGCGUCCAUGACGUCCGCGGCCCCCGUCUCGCCCGGCAUCAGCGACAAUAUUCCCCGCCCGCCCAUGAACAGGAAUCGUUCGAGUAACAGUAUGAUUGCGACGGCGGUGGAUAUGAUCAAGCAUCCCGGCCAUCACUUCCACCACAAACACCACUCCUCCUCACCAUCUAUCCGUGCCGAAGAAAUCCGCGUCAUCCAAGACGUCGCCUCCAUCAUCGCCUGCCGCAAAUACCUGAAGAAACUCGCCCGUGUACUCAUGGCCGUCGGCGCCCCCUCCCACCGACUGGAAGAAUACCUGAAAACCUCUGCCCGCGCGCUCAACAUUGACGGGGACUUCCUGUACGUGCCCGGCGCCAUGCUCGUCUCCAUCAACGACCCCAUCACCAUGAGCACUGAAGUGACCCUAGUCCGCGAAUCGCAAAAUGUCGACCUCUCGCGUUUCGAAGACGUCUUUGCCAUCUACAAAUGCGUUAUCCACGGGAAGUAUGCCGCGGAAGAAGGCCUCGACGAAAUCGAACUCAUCAUGCGAAUGCCCGAGAUGCACCGGAUUGGGGUCCGGAUUCUCGCGUACGGAAUUGCCGCUAUAGCCGUCGGCCCGUUUGCGUUUUCGGCGCGCCCGGUCGAUUUCGCGCCGAGUUUCGUGCUCGGAUGCACGCUGGGUGUUUUGCAGCUGAUCGUGGUGAACCGGUCGGCGCAAUUUGCGCACGUGUUUGAAGUUCUAGCGGCCGUGUUCAUUUCGUUUGCAGCCCGUGGUUUGGGCUCGAUUUACGUCAGCGGGCAUGAGGAGCCGGUGUUUUGCUUCUCGGCCAUUGCGCAGAGUAGUAUCGCGUUGAUAUUACCGGGUUAUACGGUUCUGUGCUCUGCGUUGGAGCUGCAGAGCAAAAACUUGGUCUCGGGUUCGGUCAAGAUGGUUUACGCCAUUAUUUACUCGUUGUUUUUGGGGUUUGGAAUAUUGAUCGGGACCGUCGUCAUGGGCCUCAUCUACCCCGGCGCCCAGUCCGACGUAACCUGCCACAUCCCCUCAUGGUGGAAUUCCGGCAGCCUCAACUACACACUAAUCUACGCGCGCUUCAUCUGGGUGCCCAUUUUCGCCAUCUGCCUGGCAAUCAUCAACCAAGCCAAAUGGCACCAAGUCCCCAUCAUGACCCUCAUCGCCUUCUGCGGCUAUCAAGCCAACUUCUGGAUCAGCACUCAAGUCAUGAACAAUGUCCAAGUGGCGAACGCGAUCGGCGCCUUCGCGAUCGGAGUCAUGGCAAACUUGUACUCUCGCUUCUUCCACGGCCUAGCGGCCGCAGCCAUGUUGCCCGCGAUAUUCGUGCAGGUGCCCUCGGGCCUCGCGGCGAGUGGGAGCCUCGUCGCGGGGAUUACGAGCGCGAAUCAAAUUACGGGCAACGCCACGGGGAUCAGUGUGAUUAAUAAUGGCACGGCGGGGUUCUUGGAUGCACAGGACGGAUCGAGUGCUGCUGCCGAUGUCUAUGGCGGGACGAUCUUCAAUGUUGGAUAUGGUAUGAUUCAAGUGGCGAUUGGGAUUAGUGUCGGGUUGUACCUGAGUGCGUUGGUUGUAUAUCCUAUUGGGAAGAGGAGGAGUGGAUUAUUCAGUUUCUGA